AUGUCGUCCCUGCCAGCUGCGUCAAGCGCACCCGGGCAAACGGACCAAUCGUACAAGGCGAUCGUCGACUACCUCACCAAACGAGGCCACCUCAAAGCCGUCGCCGAACUCCAAACCGACUUGGCCAACAGCAACACUUCCGCCGCAGCUGGCAACACCACCGCCGGCAGUGCCACCGGCCCCGGCAACCCCUCGACUUCGACAGCGCGUGCAGGCGCAGCUGCCUCGUCCUCUUCUUCCCAUCCGCCUUCCCCCGCUGCUGCUCUGAACGGAGGCGGUAAGGCGGUUGGAUUGGAUGAUUUCGCACAUCGCAAUGCGCCUAGUCAACCUACCAGUCGAGCGCAGACCGGCGGCGCUGCCGGGGAACGCAGGGGUCCCGAUCAGGCCGUCGCGGCGGGGCAGAUGUUGGCCGAUCCGCCGAGUUGGGAGAAAGGUUACGAGGGCUUGACGGCCUUUGUUCAUAACGUGAGUGUGCACCGUGUGAUGUAUGAACCGUGGCUGACACGAGCGCGCUUCGCUCCUCUUUCCCCCAGUCGCUCGAUAUCCAUCGACCGGAAUUGCAGCCCAUCCUCUUGCCCCUCUUUGUGCAUGCCUACCUUGACCUCGUCCUCGUCGGGUACAGAAAAGCCGCAGACCAAUUCAUGAACCGGUGAGGGACCAUUCCCAACGAGCGAGAAGUCUCGCGCGACCGCCACAACACUAACCUCCUUUGGGUUCAUUCACAGCUUCGGACCACACCAUACCCCUUCCGAUCCACACGUCGUCCGUAUGCUGUCCUCCAUCCGUAACGCCGACCACGUCAAGGAAUCCGAGGAAGCGACGAGGUGGAGGAAGGAAUCGUACAAUAUCAGGCUGUCCGAACGAGGAUGGGGGCUUUUGUUGGGUUGGUUGCAAGGCGGUGGGCUGGCCUUGAGUCUGGAAGGCACGGAAUCGAGGGGGAGGGAUCGCGUGUUGGCGAUCAUCAACGAGAGGGUCAAGGUGGAUGGUUAGUGCCGCAUCCACAUCGAAAAGGAUUGGAUGGGGUUGCUGAAUAUCGCUUUUCCAACUCCACAGCCAUGCCGGGACCUCCUUCCAAAACACCGACAGGCUACGGCCUCUUGUCCGACUUCGCGGGCAAAGAACCCUCCUCUAAAGCACUCGACCCUCUCAAACUUGGUCCCGCCCCCGUCGACCCCAAUCUCGAACGAGAAGUAGCACGACAGGUCAAGGACGAUGCCGCGCAGGACGCGAUGGAUACUUCGACGCCUUCCGCGAAUGGCAUCAAUGGAUCGACAUCGACGAGUGAACCGAAGGCAGGACCAGGCUCGACCCCUCUCGCGAUCGAUUUCGCCGACGCGUCACCUCACGCCGAAAACGUACCUCUCAUCAAUCCGGUCCCAAGUGACAUGCUCCCCAUGCCGCAAACGUUACGAACGAUCGACGUCAUGCGCGAAGUGGAGAAAGUGAGGGAAGCGAGGAAGAGGAUCAAGUUGAGUGCCGAGGCAUACGUCGCUGUGCCUGCGACAACGACGAUGAAUGGUGCGAAUGGGGACAAAGUCGGCGUUCCUUUGGGUCAAGUCACUGAGGCGGCCAAACCGAGCGUGUGUAUUUUCACGAUCCAUGACGCGGGAGACAGGUGGGUGCCCGAGGCUCCAUGAGUAUUCGUAGGGUACGAGCUUGUACUCAUGCGAAUCAGGUCAUUCUACCCCAGUUUGACGACGACAGCUUUUUCGGACGAUUCAACCAUGAUGGCCGCGGCGUUCUCGGAUAGUUAUAUUCGGUUGUGGAGCCUCAAGGGGGGCAAGUUGCAGGCGUUCAAGAAUGAUCUCAAUCCCGAUGAAGUCAAGGAGGGUCAGUGCCAGUUAAAUUUCAUUCCACGAGGUACAACCAAGCUGAUUCCGAAUGUUGCUCUCGCCACAGUAAACGACCUAAAAAAGAUCCGAGAAAAAGCCGCCCCUACAUCGCGCAAACUGAUCGGUCACUCCGGACCCGUAUACGCCCUCUCCUUUGACCCCGUUCCCGGACCCUCCGGCCCUCCACGCUACCUCCUCUCCGCAUCCCAAGACGCGACAGUCCGUCUAUGGUCCUUGGAAACGUUUACGAACCUCGUUGCGUAUCGAGGACAUCGUGAGCCGGUUUGGGAUGUCGAGUGGGGUCCGAGAGGGAUUUAUUUCGCUACGGCUAGUCGGGAUCGGACGGCGAGGUUAUGGAGUUCGGACAAGACCCAUGCGUUGAGAAUUUUUGCGGGGCAUUUGAGUGAUGUCAACGUGAGUGCUGGUAGUGAGAUUGCUGCCGACUACUGCGGGGAAGACACAUCGGCUGGUUCUUAAUCGUUCGUGCGUGCAUGCACAGUGCGUGCGUUUCCACCCCAACUCGUUGUACAUCGCCACCGGGUCGAGCGAUCGAACCUGUCGAUUGUGGGACGUCCAGAAGGGGACAUGCGUGAGGGUAUUCGUUGGACAUCGGGAUGCCGUCACGUGUCUGGCGAUGAGUCCCGAUGGACGAUUCCUUGCUAGUGCUGGUUAGUCAGAUCCCUUCGAGCCCAUCAUAGACUAAGCCCGUACUGACCUUUCGUACGAUCCCCCUUCCACAGCCGAUGAUCUCACCAUCAACCUCUGGGACCUUGCCUCGGGCCGGCUUAUCAAAUCCAUGACCGGACACACCAGUUCCAUCUACUCCCUCUCCUUCUCCGCCGAAUCGACCGUGCUCGUUUCAGGUUCAGCAGACGCCACCGUUCGCGUAUGGGACGUCCUGUCGAACCCUUACGCAGCAGAAAUGAACGGGGAGCUCAUUCCUGGAUCGGGGCGGAGGGCUGGGAUGGGAGGAAGUUUGGGUUCGGUGACGAGGAUGAGUUUCGAGCAGGUGAAAGGAUCGGCGAGGAGGGCGAGUUUGGUCGCGUCGGGGCUGGGUGGGGGUGGAGGAGGGGGAGGGGGUGCGGGAGGGAAUGGGGGAAGUGCGGCGGCUGGGGGGAUGGGUUCGGGGGGUGUUUUAGGGGAGGGGGGUAAGGGUCAGUGGGUGAAGGGUACGUUGGCGGAGAAGGAGGCGAAGGAGAGGUGAGUUCAUGGGUGUUCUGCGUCAAUCACGUUCUCAGGCACAGAGGCACUGAUUCGAUGUUCCUCAUCCAGCCCCGAUCUCUUGGCCACGUUAGCGACGAAGCGGACACCCGUGCUCGCGGUCAAGUUCACGCCGAGGAAUCUGUGCUUGGCCGCGGGGCCGAUGCAGGAAGUAGAGUAA